AUGGCCGAGUACAAGAAAGCACAGGCGCGCGUGCGCGAGCUGGUCGAACGGCGUCGGACGCAGGAGAGGCGGCUUGCGCAAAUGGAAGAGAGCAUCGCCCACAAGGAGUCGGCGUACCUAGACAGCAACCCGGCCGGAAAUAUCAUCACGGGCUUCGACAACUACAUGAAGGGCACCAGCGGCGCGGCUGCCCAGAGGCGCAAGGCGGGCUCCCUGGACCAGAAUCGCGUGUUUUCGCGUUCCUCCAUUUCCUACAGACCCAACAAUGCGGACUCGUCGACACCCGGAGCAUCGACGCCCGCAUCGCACGCGCCAACGCCGCUCUCGGCUUCCUUCCGCGACAGCGGGUCCGUGGCGCAUCCGACGCCGACGCCGGCAACGGGCAACAAGAGCGCCAACAAGUCGAAGAAGAAAGAGGCCGAGGAGAGCGAGGGAGACUCGCAGUCCAACAAGAAGCGGACCAACUUCGGGGCGUCGCGCAAGUAA